GAAUGGGUUUUAGUAAUUGACUUUCCAAUUAAGCUUUUGAAUACAUAAUUGGUCAGAAGAAAAAUCUGACCAAGUAGAGAGUAGAGAGAUGGGGGACGAAAGGGUGAAGAACGAGGCUAUGGAGAUAAUGGGGAUGUUCCAAGUGCUUCCUCGACUCGUUGUCUUCGAUCUUGAUUACACUCUCUGGCCCUUUUACUGUGAAUACCGCUCAAAACAGCAAAUGCCGUAUUUAUAUCCUCAUGGCAAAGGCAUACUAUAUGCCCUCAAGGACAAGGGAGUUAAUAUUGCUGUUGCCUCAAGAUCACCAACUCCUGAUAUUGCAAACACUUUUCUUGAUAAGUUGGGGCUAUCAUCAAUGUUUGUAGCGAAGGAGAUAUUUUCCAGUUGGACACACAAGACCGAACACUUUCAGAAGAUCAGUAGGAGGACAGGGGUGCCUUAUAAGGAGAUGCUGUUUUUUGAUGACGAGGAUCGCAAUAUAGAGGCGGUUUCAAAGAUGGGUGUGACGAGCAUAUUGGUGGACGAUGGGGUAAAUCUUGAGGCUUUGCGGCAAGGGCUCUCAGCGUUUGCUCAGAACUCAACUUCAGGCAAAAAGAACAAAGAAAAAAAGUUACCGGACUCAUCAAUAAGUGAUGAGUUACAGUAAUCCAACUGUCACAAGAUCCCCGUUUGCAUUUAGGGGUCAUAUAGUAGUUCUGAUAUUUGCAAACAUUUAUGAAAUUCUUUUACGCCGAUAAGGAAUUGAUUGAAGAAUUAUAGGCAGCUUUAAAAGAGGUUAUUUCUGGCUUAUGUAUUUCAACCAGCUUUUAAUCCUAUGAAUUUGAUAUAUCAAUUUUCUUUCACAAUAAAACAACUGUAAAUGUAGAGAAAAGUUGUGAUUUAGCAUGCUCGAGCCAUAUAUAAGGCCUGUUCGUUGCC